CCCAGGAUUCCGGGUUCUGGCUCUAGGGCUUUCUCCUGUGGGAGGGCCCUCACUUCCUCUGUGCUCCAGCCCAUGGGUCCUCCCGGCCGGGCCUUCCCCGCCCCCAGCCCUCCACCUCCCUCCUCCACCUGUGGGGCCUGAGGGAAGGGCCCUGGAGGCAGUGCAAUCUGUCUGAGCCCCUCGGCUCAGCCUCUGGAGCUAUGGAGGGGCUGGCUCCGGUCCUGUGGGCUUUGCUGGUGUGUGCCGGGUCUGCCUGCGACACGGAAGAGCCAGGUAGGGGCAGCCUCGGGGCGGGGCGCUGGCACGGGCGGACAGCCCUCUCCACCAUGCCCCCCCUCGGCUGCCCUGCAGGCCUGAACCUGAGCUGCUACCAGUGCUUCAAAGUCUCCAGCCAGGAGCUGUGCACGCCCGUCCAGUGCCACCCCACCGACCGGGUCUGCGUGUCCAGCACCGUGGUCCUGAUGGGGAGAUCAAGGGUGAUAGUCAAAUUCAGCAAGCGCUGUGCUCCCAGGUGUCCCAACACCAACAUGGAGUACGAGUGGCCGCCAGGGCCUGCGGGACCCGGCAAGAUCAUCAGGCAGUGCUGUUCCGGCUACCUCUGCAACGGGACCUCCCCCACCAGCGCAGCCCUGCCCGGGGCGCUGCUGCUUGGAGCAGCCCUCCGCCUCCUCUGGGCCCUGCUCUGAGCACCUUCCUUUUGGCCCCGCAGA